AUGUUAACGCAGGUUGAGGAAUGCUAUGUUAACAGCACAUCGAUAGCAGAACGAAUCUCAUUUGAGGGCAAGAGAAUACCUGGAGAGCAAGGGCAAGAGAAUAUACCUGGAGAGCAAGGGCAAGGGUUGCUGGCUGUGAAAGUAAGAAGAGAACGAAGCGGAGAAAAAUGGUGGGAGGAAGCUAAAGAGGAAAGGUUGUGGAGCUUUGAAUUUGAGAAAAUAAAGGUUUUGAGGGUUAAGGGUUGGUCACCAACGCUGUUGGGAUACAGUGCUCAAGGUGCUUUCAAAUAUGGUUUCUACGACAUCGUCAUGAAGUACUAUUCCGAUAUCGUUGGACAUAUAUACGCAACCAAAUACAAAACACUCAUAUAUCUCGCUUGUGUUGCAUCAAUCGAGUUGAUUGUUUGUGUGGCUCUUUGCCCCAUGGAAGCUGUCAAAGUCCGAGUGCAAACUCAACCCGAAUUUGCACGAGGUUUAUCGGAUGGAUUACUGAAGAUCGUGAAAGCUGAAGGUGUUGUCGGGUUGUACAAAGGAAUUGUUCCUCUUUGGGGUCGAGAAAUUCCUUGUAAGUCAGCUAACUUUAUUUUUGUUUUGCUCGAUAUAAAUAUGUGUUUGGUAUAA